AUGGCACCAGAGGGCCAGACCUCAGCCAGCUGCAGCCCUGCCCCAGCAGAGGGCACUCCCAGCCAGACCUCAGCCAGCUGCAGCCCUCCUCCAGGGUCUCCACUGAGCUCUGCUGAGGAGUCACUCAAUGGUUUAGGGGGCGACCGGGACCCUCUGGCCCCCCAGGCCCCGUCUCUGGACCCCCCAUCUGGUGAGCCCUCGGGGGGAGAGUCCCAGCCCGGUACGCCCCUGCCACUCCCUGGCCCCAUCACAGGCCUCAGCAUCCAGGAGACGAUAGCCAUGUCACCUGAGCUGGAUACAUACGUUCUCACCAAGAAGGUCAAGGAGGUUCUGACUGAUAACAACCUUGGGCAGCGUCUGUUUGGGGAGAGUAUCCUGGGUCUGACCCAGGGCUCGGUGUCUGAUCUGCUGGCUCGGCCGAAGCCCUGGCACAAGCUCAGUCUGAAGGGACGUGAGCCAUUCGUCCGCAUGCAGUUCUGGCUGCAGGACCCACACAAAGUGGAGAAACUGAUGGACAUGAAACGCCUGGAGAAGAAAGCCUACCUGAAGAGGCGCCACAGUUCGCUGAGUGACGGCCAUUCUGUGGACGGUGGCCUGGCAGGGCCAGACUUCCUCCAGAGUGCCAGCCCCCAGCACCAGCAGCCUCCUCAGCUGUACCAGAAGAAGAUCCGAGUGGUUCUGGGUCCCGAGGAGAAGGAGGCUCUGAAGAGGGCUUACCAGGAGAAACCCUACCCCUCCCCCAAAACCAUUGAGGAGCUGGCCUCCCAGCUUCACCUGAAAACCAGCACUGUCAUCAACUGGUUCCACAACUACAGGUCUCGUAUCCGCAGAGAGCUCUUCAUAGAGGAGAUUCAGGCUGCAGGGUCAGCGGCAGCAGCAGCUAAAGCAGGGGAGGGGGACAGCUGUGACGGGACAGAGUCCGAUGGCACGGUGGAGGGUCGCCACCGGAGGCCUACAGGGCCAGAGGAGCACAAAGAGGCCUCUGAGGACCAGGACAUGGAGGUCAGGGUUGAAGCUGGGGUGUCAGGUGGAUCCCCUGUCCAGAGAAACUGCACUACCUCAGGUUGGGCUGGGCCGGGCUCCAGCAGCAGCAGCCUCUUCGGUCCCCCUGAGGCAGGUCUCUCAGCCCCAGCCAGUCACACCUCAACCCCGGCUAGGAACCCCAGGGACAAUACCCUGCGCAAGAAGAAAGCUGACAACCUCAACAAUAUCAUCCACAGGCUGGAGAAGGCUGCCGGCAAGGAAGACCCUUCUGAGUGGGAGUUCUGAACCCCUCCCCCCUUCCCCCCCUCCCCUCACACCCCUACUCAUAACCUCACAACCUCUGCCCUUUGACCCUCACCCUGGUCUUCUCCUAUUGGACUGAAGAGGGCAACAGCCAAAGCCAAGCUCAUUGGUCAUUUUUAUACACAGUCUCUUUCCUGAGAGAAAAGGAGAGAAGUGGUUCCCAAACCGAGAUGUAGGAGAAGAUAUAAUGAACUCGUGAGAAGACAAAAAAGGAUUGAAUCCUAGGCUCUCUGAAUACUGAGUUUAGUUUUGUUACUGAGUAAAGCACUUGGUUGUCGUGCUGGCCACAGGGCCUGCUGUACCCCCAGACACCGUCAGUUACUGGCAGGCUGCACCACAGACAGGCAGGCUGAGCUGGGGCUGUUUAAAGGAUGGAUGGACGCCCUCACAGAAGGAGAAUUCUUUCAUGUGUUCAUUUAGAAGAGAUCCAUUUUUCUCCCCCUGUCGACUCAGUGUCCUGUCGCACAGAACUCACCUCACGUAGUUGACCUCACGUAGUGACCUCACGUAGUGAGCCCAGCCACCUCCUUUCCCACACACUGUCCAGUGGCUGUUGCAAACCUUUUGCCUUGUUCUCUCUCCACUGAUGUGUGUUGUUUUAAGGGUUCCCGUGGCUUUUUAACCUUGUUACUCCAUUGUGUGUGUGUGUGUGUGUGUGUGUGUGUGUGUGGCUGAGGAUCAAGAUUAUUCAGCUGAAGAGAAGAAUCAAACCUAAAAAGGCCAAGUUUCCAUAGUUACUGAGGGAAGAAUGACCCACACCAUGUGAUGGUCCUGCUAGCAGCCAUGUGAUGGUCCUGCCGGCAGCCAUGUGAUGGUCCUGCCGGCAGCCAUGUGAUGGUCCUGC